GACGCCAAAAGUUCCAAGAUUCCUCUUUCGGAACUGUCAUUUCCAUAGUCAUACACCUACAAGCUCUUACAAUCAUAAUGUAUUUACCGCUUACCGCCCAUUACCUAUGGUUGGUUACCAGCUGGAGGGAUAGCUGAACCAGCCUUAACGGCUAGUUAGUACAGGGUAUAGUCAAACAGAAACUCCACAGCAGUGAGAGAUGAUGUGGGUACGAAGACAGGGCAUAAUAACAUGGUCAAAUCGAAAGAACAUUGCAUUCGAUACACACUGACACUACUGUCUAUUCAUUCUCUCAAAAGACCCUUCCUUCGAAGCUUCUGUUCAGUCUUCUAAUCUCUUAUACUUACCACCAUGCUCAUAUAAUAAUCUAUUAGACCUGCCCAUACCGUGGCAGAGACACUUUCAAUUUACUUUGACCAGUCUUAUUAUCUUAUGUGAUACUUCAAGCUAUUCCAUUCCGUUGCCGACGUAGCCGAAUUGUUUGAAACAUUCAUAACUAUCAGGAACUAAACAUGGCCACGAGCCUCCGUAAUGCGAUAUUAGUCGCUCUCGCAGCUACACCUACAAUCCAGCAAACAUGUACAGGCGAUGUAAAGUGUACCUGCGAGCUACUUCGCGAUGUUUUAACAGAAGUGAACGGAACUGUACUCCCUUCGGACGGAGACACAUAUAAAGACAUCGAAGAUGAAAAUUACUCUGCAGCAUGUAGGCUACCGGCUGCGUGUAUUGUCAGCCCGAAGAACGCCCAAGAAGUCUCUACCGUAGUCAAGAUACUCUCUCAGACUGGGGCCAAGUUUGCCAUUAGAAGUGGCGGUCACAACUACAUCCCGGGCUUCGCGAGUGUCGACGAAGGGGUUCUAAUUUCGCUUUCAAGCUUGAACUCGACCGAGUUAUCAGAAGACAAGAAAACCGCCAAAAUCGGGCCUGGCAACAGAUGGCAGGCAGUUUACGAGGCUCUUGUGCCCGAAGGCUUAGUCGUAGUCGGUGGGCGUGUCGGUCCUGUCGGUGUUGGCGGGUUGAUGCUCGGGGGUGGACUAAGCUACUUCGCAACCCAGCGUGGCCUUGCUCUUGAUAACGUCAAAUCGUACGAAGUGGUUCUAGCUGAUGGGGCUAUUGUUACCGCUUCGGCUGACAACGAGUAUUCGGACCUGUAUCAGGGGUUACGAGGUGGCGCCUCUAACUUUGGCAUUGUAACAAGUUAUGAGCUUUACACAUAUCCCGCUAGGGACUUCUACGUCGACGCCCGUGCCUAUAGUCCGAAUCAGACCUCUGAUUUCCUACGUGCCGUUGCCGAAUAUCAGAAGGAGGGACAGCUAGAUCCAUCGUCGAGCAUUAGCGUCCAAUUACUGGAAAGCGGUCCGACCAUUCUUCUACUUUAUAACGAACCGGUGCAACAAGCUAAGGCGUUCGAUGCCUUCUAUGCUCUUGGUACAUACCAACCAAUCGUACCGGCUUUUAACGGUUCGCUCUUGGAUAUUAUGGCUUUAACGGGAUCACGAUUCUCAACCGGCGAGACGCGCACUUAUGGCGAGACGUUUAGCCACAAGACAGACGCUGAUCUUAUGGUCGAGUUAUAUAGUAUCUUUACCGAGGAAACGGCGAGCCUCCCUAGCGGCGCUUCGGCAGUUUGGGUGCCAAAUUCAAUUGCAGCCAGUGUAGCUACGCUGGGGAAACAGCAUGGUGGAAACUUGCUAGGUUUGGAGGAGGUCCCGCAACAGUGGUACGAGUGGUACAUUACAUGGACAGAGCCAACGCAGGAUAGAGCUAUAUGGGAUAUCUCGCAGCGAAUAACUCAGCGUUGCACGGACGCGGCCAAAGCGAAGGAUCUGCUUUUACCGUACCUUUUCAUGAACACGGCGGGCAAGACGCAGGACGUGUUGAAUAGCUAUGGCGCGGACAAUGUCGAAUUCAUAAAGGCGGCAGCAGCUAAAUACGACCCUGGACGAGUGUUCCAGACGCUCCAGAAUGAUGGAUUUCUCGUCCGGAACUUAUAAACGUAAUAACUAACUAGCUGGUGUAUUUAGGUUUGGUUUGUAUAUUGAAUCUGAGCGGUGUGUGUAUAGGAAUAGAAUAGAACGCCUCGGUACAGAGUAUAUGCGAAUAGGUAGAGUAAUAAUUAAUAGUUAUGUACAUCACACCCCGAAUAUCCC